CUAGGCCCAAACGCAGCGGCUAACUCUGGAGAAAACACAGUUGAUGUGAAGACGGUUUUUUUUUUUUUUGUGGAGUUUUAUGUUUUAUCGAGAAAACCUUUAACGGUUUAUAUCAAUAUAUUUUAAAAAUACUAAUAAACACAAAAUGGCAUCGGGGACGCCAUGCCUGAACAGUCGCUGGGAUCAACCCAAGCCCAAGGCGAACCUGCUGCAGGGAAUUAUGGGAAAUGUGUCAGCUAACAAGGCAGCUUCAGUGACCCCGGGUCCAGCUGUUACACCCGGGGCAGGUUCUCCAGCUCUUUCUGCCCCAGACGCCCCAGCACAGGGAGGGGUGGAGAUGGCCGCUGCGAUGGCUGCCAAACUGAACGCCAUGUUAAUGGCUAAAGGAAAACUUAAACCAUUGCAGCCUUUACCUAGUAAGGCCCCUCCCAGUGCCCCUGUACCUGUCGGCAGUGAGGAGAUCGUUGUCACAGAAGUGGAUAUUAAUGAUGUUCCUGUGAACUGCAGGAAUCUGCUCACCAAAAACAAGACGCAGGAGGAGAUUCGUCUGUACAGCGGCGCGCUGGUCUCCACUAAAGGCCUGUACCUGAGCGAUGCUGACAAGCCCACCUACAAAGGAGGAGAGCGUCCUCUCUAUCUCCACGUUCAGGGACGCAGUCAGGACGAAGUCAACAAGGCCGUGAUGCGGAUUAAAGAAAUAAUCUCUGAGGAUGUGCUGCGAGCGUCAGGGGGCCUGCAGCCGGCUGUAAUGCCCCCGGUUCCUGUUUACCCCCAACCCCCGCGACCCUCCGUACCCCCGCAGCCACAUCUCCCUACGCCACGCCCCCCGAACGCUCCCGUAACGCCCGCACACAGACCCCCUCCUCCUCACGCUGGGAGUUUUGUGCACACUAAGCUAUUUGUAGGAUUGGAGCAGUGCCUGCCGGGCUUCGGCGUGAACGAGAAGGUGGAGGGACCGAGCGGGUCGUACCUGCAGCACAUCCAGACGGAGACCGGGGCGCGCGUCUUCCUGCGGGGGAAGGGCUCGGGCUACAUCGAACAGGCCUCGCGAAGAGAAUCGUUCGAACCCCUGUACCUCUACAUCAGCCACCCGAACUCCGUCGGCCUGGAAGCAGCCAAGAAACUCUGUGAGAGCCUUCUAGAGACGGUGCGGACUGAACACUCACGCAUGGUAUCUGUGUACACAGCUACAGGUUCCACACAAGCAGCAUACCCGUCUCACGGAUACUCGUCCACCGGCAGCAGUAGUUACAGCAGCCAGUCGUGGUACGGCUACCCCAGCGCUUACCCAUCAUACCCUGCGACCGGAAGUUACUGGAGUCGAGCAGACGGUGCAGACAGUGCUCAGAUGGUGCAGUAUCCCGUGUGUCCUCGCAAGUCCACUUCUUUCAUACUGGAGGAUGAAAAGGAGAGCUCAGAUGCUGCUGUAAACGACUCGUCUGCUGUUUCCAGCCCAAAGAGACACUUCAUAGAGGAGAGUGAAGAGGAGGAAGGAGGAAAGGAGUUGAGAGAGGAGCCUAAAGCAGAUGAUCCAGUGGAAGAGCCUGUGUUGUCUAGCACUGAUAAUGAUGUUGGCAAAUCAGAUGGGACGUUGAUGCCUCCUCCAGCUCUUCCUGUGGUGUCACUCCCAGCACCGCUCAAGAGACCAAGACAAGAACCUGCUCUCACACACACUGAUGAAGAGGAGGUGAAGAAGCUGAAGAUCUCCUCAGACUCUUUAGGUCUCGUUCCAUAUGGUGGAGACUCAUCGGACGAGGAAGAAGAGAAAACUCGCAGUGGGAGGAAGAGUAAUUCCUAACACGCACACAGUAUCCCCAAGCCUCUAGCAGGAGAAAAUGUACCCCCUGAUCCAUUGAGCUGAACUUUUGGAAGUUUGGAAAAUAGUGUAACUGUUCCUAUGGAAUAAAAUCAAAGUCUUGAAAGA